UAUCGCACACACUAUCGGCGCUUUCACGUUACUGAAAAAACAACUGUAUGCAUAGUAAACGCCUACAUAGAUAGAGAGAGGGAAGGACGAAGUGAAUAGUGUGUCUCGAGGUCGCGUGGGUGUCGGUUGAUCGCGAUAAUUUCGUAACGUAAUCUCGAGGAGAAAAUGCUGUGGCGAUGAUCGAGUAGACGAGUGUAUUUUUGUGUCAGUCCGUAUGGUACCUCUCGGUGAAUAAGAGUUUUAAAAUCUAGAAAAUAUAUUACAAAUAAAUCACCGCUGGAUGAACGUAGAAACAAUCCUCCGCGCGAUAUAAUCGCCCUGGUUCAUCUUGGCUGGCCCGCUGCGUCUGCUGUCGUUCACCAACCGCGGGCAUCUAGUACCAGGAAAAUGGCGGAGGGGUUGACAACGUCGGCGACGACGUCUUCUCGCGAGAAGAAAAAAAACAACACAACGGGCAGCAACAACGUUUUGCGAAACAACAGUUGGAGCCACGGUGAUGACAGCGGGGAUGACAGCGACUUGCUGAACGGGAAUGAAAAUGAUCAGCCGAGGGCCAUGCAAUCGAGUCCGCGACCGAGUCACCGCUUCUAUAGUUCGAUGACUGCGGCGGAGAAUAUAAUGCGACGCAAGCUGAGAUUCUUCUUCAUGAAUCCUAUAGAGAAGUGGCAUGCCAAGCGUAGGAUACCGUACAAAUUUAUUAUCCAAGUGAUCAAACUAAUACUGGUCACGGUACAGCUAUGCCUUUUUGCUCACAACAAUUACAUGCACGUCAAUUACACAUGGGAUAACCGAAUUGCAUUUUCACACCUGUUUCUAAUGGGAUGGGACAACACUCAGGAGGUUGCCGCCUAUCCGCCGGCAAUUGGCCCACUUGCGCUGUACAGACAAGAUGAAUUUUUUCAGACGAUAGAUUACGCCUUGAAAGGUUACAACAACCUAAGCAACGCGAUAGGCCCUUAUUCUUAUGUAGCUGAAGAUAACUCGAUAGUACCAGUUCAACUGUGUCUUCACCGUUACAAAGUGGGAAAGAUAUUUGGCUUCAACGAGAGCUACGUCUUCAACAGCGAAAUCGUAGAGAAAUGCUUCAAUGUGACACACAAUCUAUCCAAAAGUUUUGAGUCCCGUAAAUUUUUCCAAGAAAAACAAGAGCCCAUCGAUUUCCCUGCGUUAGUGAGGGCGUAUUUGAAGUUUGCCAUUAAAACUGUCAACUUCAAAGCAGCUGGAGCAAUUACACCGCCUGAUUGCUAUCUGUUCAACAUUACGAUUGAUUUUGACAAUCGAGAUCACGAUGGACAAAUGCUUUUGUCUUUGGACGCGGAUCCGAUAAGACUGCGUUGCAAGGAAGAUGCAACUUACAUAAUGGAUAAUGAGAUUGAAAUGAAGCUGGGAACACUUCUGAAUAUGCUGGUAAUCAUUGUUUGCACGAUAUCGCUGAUUCUCUGUUCGAGAGCAAUAUGCAAAGCACAGCUACUCAAGUAUGAGACUGUAAGUUUCUUCCAAAACACGUAUGGCAAAAAGCUGAGUGUUGAAGGCAGGCUUGAGUUCCUCAAUUUAUGGUACAUCAUGAUAAUCAUCAACGAUCUAUUGAUCAUAAUGGGAUCCGCUAUCAAGGAGCAAAUUGAGAGAACACACUACGGAGGCGAUCAGUGGAAUACCUGCAGUGUUUUUCUCGGCACCGGUAAUCUUUUGGUGUGGUUCGGAGUCCUAAGGUAUUUGGGAUUCUUUAAAACGUACAACGUCGUUAUACUGACGUUGAAAAAGGCUGCACCCAAAGUAGCCAGGUUUUUAAUUUGUGCGAUAUUGAUAUACGCUGGUUUCACUUUCUGCGGCUGGCUAAUCCUUGGCCCGUAUCACCUGAAGUUCCGCUCUCUAGCUACGACGUCGGAAUGCCUCUUUGCCCUGAUAAACGGUGACGAUAUGUUUGCAACAUUUUCAAUAAUGUCGUUCAAAUCGCCCAUGCUCUGGUGGUACUCGAGGAUAUACCUAUACACCUUUAUUUCACUCUACAUUUACGUGGUUCUAAGUCUUUUCAUAUCCGUGAUAAUGGAUGCUUACGACACGAUAAAACUCUACUAUCGCGACGGUUUCCCAAAGAGCGAUUUGCAAUCCUUUGUUGCCAUUUGUACAGACGAGGCGUCGAGCGGUGUAUACAUGUCAGAGAACGAAGAAUCUGAGAAUAUCACAGAAUUGUUCGACAGAUUUUUUUGUUGUCGUAAGAAACCGUAUUCCAGUUUUGACGAAUCGAGCACAGGCAGCAGUUCUACCAAGUCAGAAACAGUUUGCAACACAGCUAUCUGUAUAUAGUAAAUUAAUAAAUUUUCAAAGAUUGUGCAGAAAAUACGGAUCGUUGCCAGAAACUAAAUUCUAGCAAUCACGGUAUUCGAAAUUAACAGACGACUUUUACUUCAACUCUAAACAUACUCCGCAGAUUUUGCUCAUGAUAUAUUAUCGCAUUUACCAAUGCACUGUACGUAGAUAAUAGUUAGUAACAAUUGGUACAGUGGACGGGUGCUAUAUCAAUGUUAUACAUUUAUUAUCAUACCAAAUUAUUACCAACGAUUUGAUGUGUAUACAGCAUACGUUAUAAUCGUAUACACUUAACAGAUUUAUGUAUACGUUUUUUAUUCUGUAGUUUGUUAUUGAAAGCUUUUUACAGUUUAUAAUUCGCGUUGCUCAAGUUUCCGUUUACUUAACAAUCCCCAAUAUCGAUAACAAUCAUUGAAUAGAAUGUUCGCCGAAUCAAAUCGCACAAUUGAUUCCACUUGUUAUGGUUGCUACCAUUUAUUAUUAUGGAUUAACAAACAAGUGCCUCGCUCACUUUGUGUACAAUUUGUAAAGAAUAAAUCAGUGGCUGUAUUUGUAUUUUAAGACUUGUAUAUAAAUUAAUCUACUUAGUUGGAGACGGAAAGCAUUCUCUUCAUUUUGUAUUUCGAUACGAAAUAAAGAAAAGAUAUCUUUGCAAAGUAUUCGUUUUAAGCGUGUAAAUAAUAUAACUGAUAUUGUAGCAUUAAAAUUUCAGAAACUAAAAAGGGUAUAAAAGUCUGUAUAAUUUAUAAAUAAAUAAAUAAAAACGCCUAGCUAUAACAAACGCACGAUUAAUUCAUAGCUGGCUAAGUUGUGAUACUGAUGAUCGUGUUUUGCAAAGGCAAAAGAAUGGAUUCAAAACUAGUUCACCCUAGCUAAAAAUGUAGAUUGCUUGAAAAAAACUCAAACCGUUAAUCUAACAUUGUACACCCUAUACUAUACUAUAUUUGCUAUAAAUAUAUCAAUAUAUAUCAUAUGUAAGUAGAGCAAUGUCAACUAUUGUCAAUGACGGUAAAAAUAAUUCAUUAAACAUACACUGAAGAGGAAAACUUCCAGCGAAAUUACCUUCAGAAUGAAAUUACUUUAUAAAAAAAUACACCAACUUCGAAAAAGUUGCUUCUUCACUAAUUGCUUGAGUUAAACAAUGAAAUUUUAAAUUCAUGCGAUUUCUUGUAUAAACCCUAUUAACAACUUCUUACUAGCUAAUAGUUUGUAACUAUUACUAUUUCACAAGAUGCAUCUAAGGUGAUUAAUUUUUUUAAUCGUAAAUUUGUUUUUUUUUUCAUAUCAAAAGUCUUAUUCUACAAUAGUACUUGAGAUAUUGAUACUUCAUUGUGCAUCUAAAGAAAUUAAUAACCACUCCCAGUACGAUUAAUUGGUGAUCGUUCAAUUUCACAAAUAGCCACGAAUCUUCAGACCUAAUCCCAAAUAUGUUAUAAUCAAGUAAUUAUGC